CUCAGGUCCAGCUCUCUCAGAGAGGAAGACGUCAGUGCUGAUGCCAGGAAAGUGCAGCCAGUUUCUGUCACUCUGCACAGAGACAGACUUCAGGAGGAAAUCACACGUUACAACUAUCCAAUUUCCAAAAGACGCUGAUUUUAUGUCGAACCAUUCUCUUGUUAUCAGCAGUUAUCAAAAUUGAAGGACACGUUCACCUGCCCCUGCUGUAGUUGAGAUCGUGAGAGACCGGAAAAAGUGUCUUCCUGUCUGCAAUGGGGCAAAAAAGAGUGCAGCUGCAAAACACGGUUUCAUUUUUGGUUUAGCUUUAAAAGUCACGCCUUCUCUGCCUGUCAGAAAGGUGUUCCAACGUUGGAGGCUAGGCUACCCUCCUUCAGGACCCCGACCGUACGAGAGCCAGCCGCCGUCGUACCCCAGGGCUCGGGCUCCUCCUCACGGUUCCCACCAUGGCGACCACCGCUACUUCCACCAGGUUCACCGACGAGUACCAGCUGUACGAGGAGCUCGGGAAGGGAGCUUUUUCAGUGGUGCGUAGGUGUGUAAAGAAGUCAUCAGGACAGGAGUAUGCUGCAAAAAUCAUCAACACUAAGAAACUCUCUGCAAGAGAUCAUCAGAAGCUGGAGAGAGAGGCUCGGAUCUGCCGUCUGUUGAAACACCCCAACAUUGUGAGACUCCAUGACAGCAUUUCGGAGGAAGGCUUUCAUUACUUAGUCUUUGACCUUGUGACAGGAGGAGAGCUUUUUGAAGACAUCGUAGCCAGGGAGUACUACAGUGAGGCCGAUGCCAGUCACUGCAUUAGUCAGAUCUUGGAAAGUGUCAAUCAUAUCCACCAGCAUGAUAUUGUGCACAGGGACCUCAAGCCUGAGAACCUGUUGUUGGCUAGUAAGAUGAAGGGCGCUGCAGUGAAGCUGGCAGACUUUGGCCUAGCAAUUGAAGUACAAGGAGACCAGCAGGCUUGGUUUGGGUUUGCGGGCACUCCUGGCUAUCUAUCACCUGAAGUCUUGAGAAAGGAUCCCUAUGGCAAACCUGUGGACAUAUGGGCUUGUGGUGUUAUCCUCUACAUCUUGUUAGUGGGAUAUCCUCCAUUCUGGGAUGAAGACCAGCACAAACUCUAUCAGCAAAUCAAAGCUGGGGCAUAUGAUUUUCCAUCCCCAGAGUGGGACACAGUGACUCCAGAGGCAAAGAACCUGAUCAACCAGAUGUUGACCAUCAACCCAGCCAAGAGAAUCACUGCUGAGCAAGCCCUGAAACACCCAUGGGUCUGCCACCGUUCCACAGUGGCCUCUAUGAUGCACAGACAGGAAACUGUUGAGUGUCUCCGCAAGUUCAACGCUCGCCGAAAACUCAAGGGAGCCAUUCUCACCACCAUGCUGGUGUCCAGAAACUUCUCAGUGGGCCGGCAGCAUACCAACUCUGCUGCUGCCGCCUCCUCCACCGCCACACUGGCUCAGGAAGCUUGCAAAAGUUUACUGAACAAGAAGUCAGAUUCUGCUAAGCCGUCCACCAACAACAGUAAGAACAGUAUAGUGAGCGCCAUCAAUGCCCUGAAAGACACCAACAUGGCAGCCAACGCCCAGAUGGAAUCGCAGAGCACUGUGGUGCACAAUCCUCCUGAUGGAGUGAAGCCUGCACUACAGGGAUCCACGGAGAGCAACGCCACCAACGAAGAGGAAGAAAUGAAAGGUAGGAAAGCGGACAGUACGGCGCUGAGUCAGAGCAGCGCCACAGAGGAGAUGCCCCCACUUCUGCCCUCACCUCAAAGCUCACCUGCCAUUCCACCGCAUGACGUAAAGCGCAUGGCAUGGAACAGCACAGGCAACAGCUCCUGCCCCGAGUCUGAGCUCUCUCAGUCCUCCAUGCCUGCCGCUCCACUAGGGAGCAACACUGUCGCUGCUAAAAGCAACACUAAGCAGACCCGUAAACAGGAAAUCAUCAAGAUAACAGAGCAGCUGAUUGAGGCCGUCAACAAUGGAGAUUUUGAAGCUUACACGAGGAUUUGUGAUCCUGGUCUCACCUCUUUCGAACCCGAGGCUCUGGGGAACCUGGUGGAGGGCAUGGACUUUCACAAGUUCUACUUUGACAACUUGCUGAGCAAGAAUGACAAGCCGGUGCACACCACCCUUCUCAACCCACACGUGCACCUGAUUGGUGAGGAUGCAGCGUGCAUCGCCUACAUCCGACUCACACAGUUUGUGGACUCCAUGGGCCACCCUCGCUCUAGCCAAUCAGAGGAGACCAGGGUGUGGCAUCGCCGCGAUGGCAAGUGGCUCAACGUUCACUUCCACUGCUCAGGAGCACCUGCUGCACCACUACAGUGAUCAGUGGUCCUGAGCCUCCAGUCUACUGGAGUGUGUGUUUUGGGGGGCAGUUUUUUUCAGCAAGCGUGUUUAAGAGGCGCGUCCUCUUCGUGGAUUGGCUAGUGCCAGGAGCCCGGCCGGGCAAGAACGCAUCCCUCUCCACGAUACCAACCAAUCCUGUCCCUCCUUUGACCUGCUGGGGGCCGGCUGAACACAAGACUCCGCCCCCAUGGGAUGAUGCAUGCAUCUGGCGCCUGAUUGGAGGGUGCGUCUUUGCCCUCUAUUCCUCCCCUGGCAGCCAUCUUUUUUCUGCCCGUGCAAGAUGAGACGUCCUGGGGGAGGAGGGGGUUUACAGUUGAACUUGUGACAGUUUAUGAGUAUGAGUUAUGAAUAUACUGUGUAAAUUAUGACUAGAUGUACCAGAAACCACCAAAACCCAACCAAGCAUUUAUAUUCACUGUCUAAAAGGGAGGAACAGGGAGGCGUGUGUGAAGUUAGCAGCUGAGAUUUUGGACACAUUUUUGGCAUUAUAGGGUUUAACGGGGGUAAGAAGUGUUGUGCUCGUUAUCCAGACAUUGACUUAAAACCGUAGGGAGACUUUCCCCAACUGAAUUAAAGAGGGAAAAACGUCAAGUGUGCUCAGUCAAAGACCUUAAUGAUGAGAGAAACUUGAUAUCAAAACCAUGAAGCACCAAAGUGUAGAACUUUAGGCUUUUUUCCUGUGUUUACGUUUGUGUGCUUGUUUCCUAUUGGAAAGUCAGCCGUGUCAUUGUGGGUCACGGAAGUGCGGGUGUUCAUCUGACUUGAUGUUGUGUGUUCUGUUCCAUUUUAUAGUGUCUUGUCCUCUGGUUUGUUUGUUUUUUUCUCCCCGUUGUUGUUCCUGUGAGUACUCCGAGCCUCCUUUUCUUUGUCUGACGUUUGAGGCUCCUUUUUAAAAGUGUUUUUAAAAAGAGGGAUUUUACUGUGCAAGUUUAACGUUGACAUGCUUGUUCUGUUGUGUCCGUAUGCAUCCAAGGGAGAGUGUGUGUCAGCAAAUACAUGGGUGUUUUUGCAUAUUUGCUAAUGGCCUCUUCCUCUCUGUCAGACCCUUCCAUUAUCUUUCCCUCCUUUCCUUUAUUAACCAUUCCCUCUUUAUGCCCUCUCCUCUCUUUUCCUUUCCUUUUUUUGUGCUUUUCUCUGCUUUCUACAAAGGCCUGGUUUGUUUAUAAUCACUGUGUAAAUACAGUGUAUGUAUAGGUAUAUGUAGAAAAGUGUAAUAUAUGUACAUGUAUCUAAGAGACAUCCAUCCUGUGCAUCAGAUUAUAGGAAACACUCCCAGUGUCCCCUUGUGGGACUACACAUAGUUUUUAGGGCUUUAAUCUUUAAUUUGUGAACAUCCUUCUCCUUUAAAGACUUCCUGCAAAUAUGGCAGCUCUUACGUUGCCUGGUUCCAGUCCCAUGGCCAUAAGACUGUUUUGAGGAUGGAGAGUAAAUGGAAAAAAACAGGAUAAAAUACCUUUUAACCCAAAAUUCUUCUUCUUUUUUAACAUUGACAUGCUUCAUUUGUUUUGUUCAAACCACAUCCCACAAUGCUGUGAACAGUCUCUUCAUAUCACUCACACUCACACACUCACGCCUGGUGGUGUGUCUCAGCUCUGUAACAUAUCUGCACCACUACUGUGCUACCAGGGCGCCACCUUUGCUGUCCUGCUUCAAUCGUCCUCGUCCAUCAGAGCCCCCUGGUGUUAAACUGAGUCCCUGCUAUGGAAAUGUUUGGUUGUUCCUCUCUGUUGUUUCUCUGGUCCUGUGUUACUGUUUUCUUUUAUAAUAUUUCUUUCCUCGUUGUUGUCGUCAAUGUUGCCGUUAACUUGUCUUUUGGUAAUUUGCCGAUCUGCCAAGCUGGAGUUCUGCACUCUCCCUCACACAGAGAGAAAAAAAAGGGAAAAGAGAGGGAGGAAGUAAAGACUACACAAAAUCCAGAUUGAACGGCUUGAUCAGAACGAAAUAAUAAUAAUAAUAAAAAAUGUAAUCUACCCUUGGUGGUUUUAAAUAGUGCCUGCUCAGUUGAGAGGUGUUUCAGAAGCCAGAGAGAGUGAGUGGGUGUGGGUGUGCAGGUUUUUGUGACCUACACUGUUCAACCAGAGCGGGAGAACUAGUUAUAUGCAUGUUUCAGUUACGCAUUUCUACCAUGUACCUACCUGAAUAAGGAUGGAGUCUAGUGUUAAUAUAUGAUAUUUGCAUCUUUUGAAAUAAGAAUUUCCUCCAUCCAGAAUGUUGAAUAGGUGACAUGAAAAAAAACAUGAUUAAAAAAAAUUAAAAACGUAAAAGAAAAAAAAAACUGAUUCAGGAGCCAUAGCUUGGUAUGAGGCCCUUGAUGUUAGCGUUUUUCCCUGCGUUGUAAUGAUAUACUAUUGGGCUGCGCUUUCUCCCCCAGCCUUCACAUGGAUGCUGGUGUUUUUUUGCAUGAUCAUGAUGUACAAUGAAAUACAACCAUGAAUUGACGACUAUCAAGUGUUUGUCUGAGUGUUAGUUGGUCUUCAUCAUAGCUUUGUUAUUCUUCAAAACUUGGAUCUUGAAAGUAUUUAAUAAAAAUACUAUUUCAGCACUG